UUGUCUCUCUAACCAAAACCACAAAUAACAUUUAUCAAGAAGCUUUUGAAAGAUUCAUGGCGAUGUCUCAUCUUCAACCUUUCCUUCUCCUCCUCCUCACGUCGCUCUUCGCCUUACCGGCUUUGCACGGCGCUAUCGAUUUCGAAUACUGCAGCAAAAAUGGAAACGAUUACGGUAACGUUAAUCGCGUCGAGAUCUCUAAGAACCCAUCGGUUGGUCCUGACGAAAGCUCAAGCAUGACUAUCUUUGUAUACGCUUCUGCAAGCAAAAACAUCAACGUGGAAACUCUUGUAUACGUAACCAUUAAGACUGGGGAGUUUACUGGACUUUUAAAAACUUACAACAUUUGUGAUGUGAGUGAAUGUAACAAUGAAGCUGGGAUCGAAGCUGGUGCUAACUUUGAGUUGACUCUUCCUGAUGUUCUCUUUGUUGGUUUUGAUGAGGAACUCAAGUACUCGGUAUCAUUGCGCCAAAAAUACGUGGAAGAGCCAAUAAUAAACAUGUGCGUCGACUUCAAAGUACCUACUUCAACUGCCACAUUGGUCUCUGCCUAGUCAUGUUGGCCGAUGUUCCCAAGUCUUUUCAUUAUAACCACAGUCUCUAGCUCUCUCUACUUGAUGCAUCUCGUAUGUGUUGUUGUCCAACAAAUAAAAUAGAUAAUUCUCUAAUGUAAUAUUGGCUUGGUUUACUAUGAACCAACAACAAGUCUUUGGUUUUUUUUUCCAAGCUGAUACAAUAAUUAUGAGAAACAAGAGUGUUUUAAACCA